CAGUCGUUUUAUUCUUAAGCGUGAGAACCUGCUGCUCUCUGCUCUUCACAUGUGAAUAAAAGUAAUCCAUCUUUUUCACGUGAGGUAACUGAAGGGCUGGACCUGGCUCACUCUGUGUGACUGACAAUGGCAGCACUGACAAGAGAAGCUGUAUUUGAUAUCAGGACAGAAAUCUGAUCAUCGGAAUCAGUUAGGCCCGCCCCUGCUCCACCUCCUUGUUGCCAGAGUAAGGUCGCCAUAGUAGCGUGACAACACCGGAGCAGAAGUGUUCUUGUUAACAUGAGCAGACAGAAGUUCUUCACUGCUGCUGAAGUCUCGGCUCACAACACCGCCGACGACCUGUGGGUGUCGUUCCUGGGUAAAGUCUGCAACCUGACCCCCCUGAUGAACCAGAACAAAGGCGACCUUCUGCUGUUACCCAUCAUGGAGUUUGCAGGAAGUGACAUCAGCUGCUGGUUCGACCCUGAAACCAAAGACAUCCUGAAAUAUGUGGAUCCACUGACCAACUGUGUGAGGUACUACACCCCCAGGGGGCGCUUCGUGCACGUCUCCCCUACCGGCCCCCGCUCCAAUUGGGCCAACGACUUUGGCGAGCCCUGGUGGAAGGACCGACGCUACGAGGUGGGAGUGCUGACGACUAAAGCCAGGUGGAUACGAGUCAUCAACGUGCAGACGUCACAGGAGCAGCUGCUGCAGGUGUGUUCAGAGGAGACUCUGGACGAGAUCCUCCAGCGUUACCUCCGCUACAACUCUCACGCCCGCAGCUACAGCUGGAAACAUGAAGGAGUAAGUCUGGACAUGAGCAGGACGCUCAGUGAAAACAACGUCCCUGAUGAAGACCACAAGCUGGAGGAGCUGCGGCUGGACAGCGACCUCUUCAUCACCGCCCUCCUCCUCCACUUUAGUGAUGACCUCACAGAAGGAUGACCUCUGACAUCAUGAAGGCCCAGUGGACAGAUGUGACAUCACAACACAAGUGUCACCUGACAGGAAAAUGAACUGCAGCUGUGAGAAAAGUAAAUAGAUACAAAUUCAGAGAGCUUCUGUAUUUUUGAUGCUGAUUGAUUUUUAUAUCAUAUUAUUUUACAUUUGUGUUUCCGAGAUACAUAUGUGUAAAUGUAUAUCUACACACAAACAUAUGCAUGUGUGUGUUGAUCUUUAUAAAAACAUACACACACACACACACACAUACAUAUAAAUAAAUAAAUACACACAAAAUAUACGUAUCACGUGUAUUAUAUCAGUGGGUAUUUGUUUGUGUUGUUGUUAAUAUCAUGUAAACUUGUGUUGUGACCGUGUUGGGCUCAUCCAGUUUCCAUUAGAUCAACGCCUUGUGGGCGGGGCUCUGGAGUAGCAGCGGCCACUUUGUUUCAAAAGUUUAAUUUUAGUUCGUGAACUUCUCUGUUCUCAGAAAACACAAAGAUUCUCAUGAUGGUUAAAAUUGAGGAAGUUUCAGUAUCACAAUAAACAAGAAGUGUUGAUAAAUACCACAGGGGUACUACCCUACUCUGCCAGUCAGGCACUGGGAACCAUAGGGGUACUUUUACUCUGAUUACUCUAGUACUACACCUGACAGGAAACUGAACUGCAGCUGUGAGAAAAAUAAAUAAAUACAAUAAAAAGAGAGCUUCUAUUUUUUUUUGCUGAUUAUUAUAUCCUAUUAUAUUAAUU